UCCGUUGGUCCGUGUCCAGAGACAUCUACUCCCUGGUCGAGCUUCUCCAUUCUUCUCUCCCUCGAUUUCUUCCUCUAUUUUCUUUUCUUUCGAUUAACGAACUUCUAUUUUAGUCUGAUUUUCCUUUUUUAAUACCUCACUAUUUUUCCCCAUUGCUGACCAGAAAUGGAGCCCUCAUUUCUCUUUUUCUUUUCUGAUUUCUACAAAGAUUUUUGAGAUAUUCGUUUCUCUUUUUCCCUUUCAUUGUCGUUAGAUUAUAGGUGAAAUUAAUCUUCAGAAGGAUUGAGUUUCGUCUGGAUUUUGUUUAAUUAUAAGUAACCAUCCUCGAUUUUUAGCCCUAGAAAACGCAGUGAGGAAAGAGCUUCGGGGCGAAAACGCAGUUUUUCGCCCUAGAAAAUGCUCAUAUGACAAAUCCGAAGCUCAAAAUCCAUUAAAACCAGUGAGGAAAGAGCAAACCCAGCCUGAAGCCCUAGAACAAGCUCAUUUCACAACAACGGGGAGAGAUGGGGAAGUACGACUGUGCGAGUGGCUAGCUAUGCUCCCCUGUCUUUUUUGUGAAUUGUGACUCAGCUAGCUUGGAUCUGCCAUUGCCAAGAUGCCGGAGAAUGGAGUGAAUUACGCCUCGCAACAUCCCAUUUUCCGGCCCAAGACGUGGUCUCCGAGGCAUUUCCCGAUCUUAACAGGGACGAUCUUUUUAGGGAUAUUGAUCAUUUGGAGCAUUGACGGAUAUACGAUCACAGACAGCGUCAGGUUUUGGCGGAACCAGGAAGAUUAUUUAGCCCUGAGGCCUCAGGCUGCGGUUAAUAAGACUCAAAACCAUGAAAAUCCGACUCUCCUCAGCUCCCACAUUCCGCCGGUUGAUCUCAGCCACAAUAUCUCCCUCGAUCAAUCGGCAAUGGUCGGUCAACAGAACGCAACCGCCAUCCCCGGUAAGCCUCUCUUGAUGAGCUUGACGCAGUCGCCGGCUCCGCUCGGUAUACGUUGGAUCUCUGCGGAACUAGAGCCGAACUUCACGUCAAAUCUCCUCUCAAGAUGGUCAGCUUCAGGACGUGAAACUUGUCAAGAUUCACAAACGGUUGGUAUCAGAAUCCCUGGUUUGGAUGAUCGAAACUCGGCGGUGGAACUAUCAGCUGGAGAAAUCCAUGAAUUUGUUAUCCAGGCGUUGGACGAGUCCGGGAAACCACGUUGCGUGGGUGGGGACUAUUUUGAAACUGACCUCUCCGGCGAGCUGUGGAAAUCUCGACCGCCAGUGAGAGACCUCGGUAAUGGCUCUUAUUCUUUUUCUAUUCAGGUCCAUCCAAAAUACACCGGGGAGUACAAUCUGACAGUCAUCCUCCUCUUCCGACACUUCGAGGGGCUCAGGUUCUCACCGGCCCGAUUCGCCUACGACAGGCAGAUACGUCGAAUUCCAAUAAAGUUCUACAGACGGAAAGCUCAGCUGUCCGAACUGCGGGCUUGCGAGAAAUCCGACUUUUCCAGGGACGUAUGGUCCGGCCGGUGGACGCGACACGGCAAGAACGACACCUGCGAGAUUAGUGACGACGGGCGGUACCGGUGCCUGAACCCCGAUUUCCCUUGCGAGAAGCCGUGGUGUGAAGGCCCAUUGGGAUUGCUAGAGAGUAAUGGUUGGGUGUACUCCACCCACUGCGCCUUUCGGAUCUUCACUCCAGCUUCCGCAUGGGAAUGCUUGCAGAACCGAUGGCUAUUCUUCUGGGGCGAUUCGAACCAUGUAGACACGAUACGGAACCUACUGAAUUUCGUUCUGGACUUGCCGGAAAUCAGUGCGGUCCCAAGACGAUUCGAUUUGAAUUUCACGAACCCAAAGAACAGCCUUCAAUCGGUCCGGAUCACGAGCAUCUUCAACGGCCAUUGGAACGAAACUCAGAAUUACGAGGGCCUGAAUUCGCUCUCAGACGAGGAGUACCGGAAUCUUUUAAGGCGAUACUUCUCCGAAGAGACGGUGCCGGAUACGAUAGUGAUGAACUCGGGCCUCCACGACGGCGUCCACUGGAAGAACCUUAGAAGGUUCACAGAAGGAGCCGAGUACGCGGCGGGGUUUUGGAGGGACGUAAUUGAAUCGGUGAAGCAGAGAGGGAAGCGAGCGCCGGAUGUGGUGUACCGGACAACGGUUGCGACGGGAGGGUACGCUAGGGCGCUGGCGUUCAACCCGAAUAAGAUGGAGGCGUUCAAUGGGGUGUUGUUGGAAAAGCUGAAAGAUGUCGGGAUCGUAUCGGGCGUGAUCGACGAUUUCGACAUGACGUUUCCGUGGCACUACGAUAACCGGUGCAACGACGGUGUGCACUACGGGAGGGCGCCGGCGAAGCUGAAGUGGAGGGAUGGUGAGAUCGGGCACCAAUACUUCGUGGAUCUGAUGCUGGGCCACGUGAUACUGAACGCCYUCUGCGCAAGAUAGAUGGAACUCGUAUGAAUUUUGCCAUGAUGCGCUGAUGGGGUGAUCUGUUCAGUCAAAGAAGUGUAGGGACCUGGGUGAUUGGAUUUGGAUGACAAGAGAGAGAGAGAGAGAGAGAGAGACGUUGAACGUGGUUGCAUGUGAAAUUAUCAACUGCUGACUGUUGGAGGCGCAAACAGAGGGAGAUGAUUAGCUGAGUUUGAGUUGAAGUCAAUGACAGAGAAGGAUGGAUUGUUUAUUGGUUAGCCAAUUAUUUUUGCAUCGAUGCAUUGUUUUGUUUCUAAAAUUGCCACGGACAUGUCGUUGAGGUUGUAUUUAAUGCUACUGAAAUUUGUAAAGAUGGAAGUAGAAAAAGAGAAAAAAAAAAAGAGAGAGAGAGAAAGGAGAGAGAAAAGGGGGCAGGGGAUCCGGGGGAACCCUCACUGACUUUUCUGAGAUUAAUUGCACCUCUAAAUGCAUUGAUAGUAAAUGGUUUCAGAUUUAUGGGUGUGAUUAUUGCAAUGAAAAACAUGGUAAUGUCGUGCUUUUAA